AUGUCAAAUUCUAAUGAAAAAUUACUUUUGCAAGUUUUGGAAGCGGUCAAAUCAUUGGAGGAACAACAAAAAAUUUUAUUUUCCAAGUUUAAUGAAUUUCAAAAACAAAAUGAAUUAAAAGCUCAAAUACAAACAACCGAAUCUAAAAAAUCUACAAAGACUUCCACAGAAGACAAUCAAACUCAAACUCAAAAAUCUAGUAAUAAUAUCUCAUCAACAAUAAUAGCUCCGAAAGCAACAAUAUAUAAUGACAGACUUGAUCCAAAACUUCGUGGUCCUAUUUUAGCAUCACGUAAUGCUUCUUCAAUUAAAAUACGUAAUUCUAUUGGAGCAUACGGAGGCUCAUAUUGUGUCUAUCGUGCUUUAACUAUCGCUAUGGGUGCACUUGAUCCUAACCAUCGUCCAAACUUUCAAAAUACUGAACCUACGGUAACCAUAGGACCUUAUCAACAAUGGGGAAUCCCUGAAAAGAUCGUCUCGUUAGAUCCAUUCGGCCAUCUUACCACUUCAAUGUUUUCUGAACUAAUAAAUCAAGGUCUUGACAUUCGUCCCACAAUUGCAAUAACUAAAGCACAUAUGAAGUUGGCUGAAAUUGAAAACGCCGUAAAAUCUGGUAAACUUAAAGUUGACGGAAAGAUUGUAUUGAACGAUAGUGGCGAAUUGGAUGUUGUAAAAGCUGCUGUAGAGCCUGUUUGGUACCUUCCAGGUGUUGCUAAAAGAUUUAAUAUCGAGGAGGGAAUUUUACGUCGUGCGUUGUUUGAAGAAACAGGUGGAAUGUAUCCGGAAUUAAUUACCAGACCAGAUCUUAAGGUCUUUUUGCCUCCAAUUGGUGGCUUAACUGUUUAUAUUUUUGGAAAUCCGAAUAAUGUCCAUGAUGUAACAAAAAGAUUAACUGUUCGUGUUCAUGAUGAAUGUAAUGGAUCUGAUGUAUUUGGGUCAGACAUUUGUACUUGUAGACCUUACUUGAUUUAUGGUAUGGAGGAAUGUGUUAAAGAAGCUCAAAAUGGAGGCUCUGGUGUUAUAGUCUAUUUCCGUAAAGAGGGAAGAGCUUUAGGCGAAGUCACUAAAUACCUUGUGUAUAAUGCUCGUAAACGUGCUACUGGUGGUGACACGGCAGACAAUUAUUUUUUACGAACAGAAAAUAUCGCCGGUGUUAAAGAUAUGCGAUUUCAAGCAUUAAUGCCUGAUGUUUUACAUUGGCUUGGUAUUAAAAAAAUCGAUAGGAUGAUGUCAAUUGUUGAAAUUGAUGCUAAAAUUGCUGAUGGAUAUUUUAGUGCUGGAAAAGUUAUCACCAAAGAGGCGUUGACACAAGUUAAAGGAAGAGGAUGGGACGAUAUUCAACAUUAA